AUGGGUUCCAAGUCACCAAACGGCGAAGAUCGAGGUCCCAACGGUCCAUCUGCUAAAAAGGCCGUUGCUUCCAUUAAUCCUCCCAAGUCUGCUGCUGCGAGUGGACUUCUUAGAGGGGCACUCGAGGAUCAAGAUGAAGACGGAGAUGACGACGAGGGAAAGAUCGGGGCUGACAUGAACGUAAGCGAAAAAACUGCAAAUGGCACGAAAAAGAGAAGAAGGAACAAUAAAAAGAAGAAGAGUGCACAGGCUGCGCAGCAAACGGCCCCACCGAGAGUUGAAAUUGCAACUCUGUUCCACAAUCGUCCUUAUCCUGAAGGUGAAAUUGUAGAAUACGGUAUCAAUGACGAAAACCUUGUGCGUACUACAGACGAGGAAUUUCGACAUCUGGCUGUCGCAAACAACAUGAACGACGAGUUUCUCAGGGACUAUCGCAAAGCCGCUGAGGUCCAUCGUCAGGUUCGCCAGUAUGCUCAAACCAUCGCGAAACCUGGCAUUUCGAUGACUGAACUCGCUCGGGAGAUCGAGGACGGCGUUCGUGCGUUGGUUGGCCAUCAAGGCAUAGAGACUGGAGACUCUUUGAAGGCCGGCAUGGGAUUUCCGACUGGCCUAUGUAUCAAUAACGUAGCAGCACAUUGGACUCCCAAUCCCGGGGCCAGGGAAGUUGUGUUACAACACGAUGACGUGUUGAGCAUCGACUUCGGUGUGCAUGUGAACGGCCGUAUUGUCGAUAGCGCCUUCACGGUGGCUUUUAAUCCGAUGUACGAUAAACUGCUUACUGCCGUCAAAGCGGCUACCAAUACAGGGCUCAAGGAAAGCGGGAUUGAUGCCAGGAUGGACUACAUCAGCGAGACGAUCCAGGAAGUGAUGGAGAGCUAUGAAGUCAUGAUCAAUGGCAAACCCCUUCCCGUCAAGGCUCUUUCAAGCCUUUCGGGCCACAAUAUCCUGCGCUAUAAGAUCCAUGGCGACAAGCAGGUUCCUUUUGUCAAGACUCGCACUUCUCAACGUAUGGAAGAAGGCGACGUAUUCGCGAUUGAAACAUUCGGUAGUACUGGCAUAGGCCGUACCCGAGAUGAUGUUGGUGUCUACGGUUAUUCGCGCAACGAGAAUGUCAGCACGGCUGGUGUUCAUCUCGCAUCUGCGAAGUCGCUGCUCAAGGCCAUCGACGAGAACUUUGGUACAUUGCCUUUUUCUCGAAAUUACCUCGAGCGAAUCGGAGUGAAGAAUUACCAUCUUGGGAUGCGAUCACUGAUAGCCAGUGGGGUUGUCGAAUGCUAUGCGCCACUCGUCGACACGCCGGGCUCCUAUGUCGCUCAAUUUGAGCAUACCGUGCUCCUUCGACCAAAUUGCAAAGAAAUUAUUUCUCGUGGGGACGAUUACUGA